AUGUGUUUGAAAUAUUUCUUUAAUUAUCUCUACAAGCAAAUCCAUGCUUACAAUCUUUUCGCGACUGAAGCGGAUAUCGGUAACGAUAACGACAACAAUCAAUUAGAACAAUCAACAACUAUUCUUCAACAUCAAAAGUAUUCAACUUGGUUAUAUGUUUUACUUGUGCUCACUUCGCUCUACAUCAUCUUUUACAUCGCUUUAUUACAGCCGCAUCCACAAAAAAUUGCUGUUCUUCAUCUCACUCCAAAUGCCGUUGAACAACUUCGAUUGAAGCAUUCUUCAACUCUGACAUGUCCAUGUACAAAAGCUAACAUACCCUAUAAAACAUUCGUUACCACUGUCAUUACAUUACAUCCUAUUUGCUCAAGUAUUUUUGUCACUGAUCAAUGGAUUCGAGCAUUUUAUAUUAAUAAUACUAAACAAUAUCAUUAUCUGAGUUUCCAGAGGACAGCUUAUGCUCAAUUCAAACUUCUGGCGAAUCUAUGUACCUUCUGUAAUAAUAUAAAGGAGCAACAUCAAAUUGAUUUACGCAAUCGAGAACUUGUUAGUGUCGAACUUUUGUCCGAGAAACAAUUGCACACUCAAAUAAAAUCUAUCGUUGAAUACUCCAAGCAUAGCACAGCUACGCGAAUUAUUUCAUAUAUAGACUAUCUUAGAACUACAACCCGUACGAAUCGCUUUAUGUUAAUGUCGGAGACUAAUGCGCAUGUUGAUUCUUCUCAUACUACAGAUUCACCGGAACAAAAGUAUGUUUUUACCGCACUUUGGAAUUUACUUCUGGAGAUAGCUCCGACGGGCGAUUCUACAUGUUAUGGAAUGAAUAAACAUCCGUUGUUCGAAUCAAUACUAACGGCACUGACUGGGCAUGCGAUACAUUGGAACGUAACAAACUAUAUUCUCCCUGUACAAGAACAAAAUAAUACUGUGUAUGAUUAUUUACGCCAAAUUUUUAUUAAUGAAUGGCUAACGAAUGCAAAUUAUUCAAUUUAUUUUGAAACAUGUGCACCAGCGUAUUGUACAUACAGUGCAACACAACAGACAAAAUUUUUUGGUGCACUGACUCUUAUAAUCAGCCUUUAUGGUGGUCUCAUCCUUAUUUAUCGAUUAUUAACACCAAGUAUAAUUGAGAUUGUAAUGAAAGUUAAAAAUCGAUCAACUAACAAUCAUAAUAAUCGAAUACAUUUGCGAACAUGUCCACGAUAUUUUGUUGACUGGCUGAAACAAAUAAAUUUAUUUGCGACUAAUGCUGAUCGAACAGAAGAAAAUAUCGCACAAGAAAAGAUUAUUACACGUGUUCACUUAAUCUUAUUUUCAAGUGCGUUUAUUAUUAUUAUUUUAUCUACUUCACUGAAAAGUCAAACAGUGACAAAGAUUAUAUCAGAUCCAGCAUGGGAUGAUUAUAGUUAUCAUCAAUUAUCAUGUAUGAACAAACUGAAAUGUCCAUGUUCGUCGAUAACGACAUCUUAUGACAAAUUUAUCACAUUAUCUGUAAUUUUACAUCGUAUAUGUUCGAGUGAUUUUGUUACCGAACGUUGGCGUUCCAUUUUGAACAGCUUGCUUGUUUCUACCAAUGAGAACAAAGACUGGCUAAACCCUGCAAAGUCACAAUUUCAGUUUUUAUCGGACUUAUGUAUACUAGCUAAUAAAACGGUCAAUAAUGCUAUCGAGGGUUUUCUUAUGAACGACUUAAUUAGUUUGAAUGUUAUUGUCAAAGAUGACUUUAAUAAACAAUUCAAUGCAAUAUUGAUUGAAUUCUUUCGUUCAAUAACAGUUGAAUUUGCUGAACUUAUUAAAACAGUUCGCCUAGUCAUUCAAGUUGAUCAACCUUUUAAUUCUCAAUCAGCACCAAUCCAAGACAAAAGCUUAUUAAACUUGAUUGGAAAUGAAGUCAUAUCCGAAGAAGAUAAUCAAUUAUUGUUGAAGGUUGAUUUUGGUUUAAAUGCGUUUCCUAGCACAAAUACAAGUUCUCGCAAAUGCAUUUGUGCAACUAACAAAUACUGCCGGCGUUCACUUGUUCUCCAACAAAACGAGCAACAGGUAUUAUCUGGUAUACCUGCAUACGAUUAUGCAUUAUUAAACAAUGUCGAAGGUUGCUUUUCUAUUGAUUCACUUUUCUUAUCAACAGUUGAAUGUCUUCAUCUACAUUUCAAUUGUUCUACAAUUCUAAGAAAACUACUUAAAAGUUUCCACACGGGAUUGAUAAUAGAAAAUCCAUGGAAUGACGCUCGCCCAUUAGUUUAUGACGAAAAAUCAAGCAAGUUUCCACCAAAUAGUUCAAUCGAAGUAAUAGUUGAAAAUGUAAUGAUCGAAAAAUGGAAUUCAUCUAUAUCAUACGCGAGCUAUUAUAAGUCAUGUGCUCCAAAGUUUUGUACUUGUUCUAUUGAAAUUCGUGCAACUCUUAUCCAAAUUUUAACUACAAUAGUAUCUAUGAUCAGCGGAAUUACUCUUGCAUCGCAACUUCUUACGCCAUACCUGGUUAAAUUUGUACUUUCAUUAAAAGUAUUUAUAUUUACAAGACAAUCAACAGCACAUCUUCAAGUAACCCAAGUUCCUGUGAAAUUCUUCGAUAAAGUUAUUAAUAUCAUGAAAACAUUCUUCAAACAUCUAAACAAUGUAUUAAUCAAUCUGAAUAUAUUUCAUAAGCGAGAUUUUGGAACGGAUACUGAUCGAACAACUGCGAAAAGUAUUGGUCAAUGGGCCACUCGUAUCUACUUUAUUUUACUUGUCAGUGCACUUAUCGGCGUUGCUUUAUAUACAAUCACUGAACCAGAUACGCUAACAAAAGCAUUCAACGAGCCAACAUUCGAUUCAUAUAAUCAUCUAAAACAUAAGUAUGAUGAUAAAUUACGGUGUUCUUGUUUAUCAAUUAGUUCAACAUAUAAACAGUAUGUUACCAUUGUACCAAUAUUCCAUCAGAUUUGUAAGAGUCAAUUUAUUUCGGAGAAAUGGCGAGAUGAUCUCACGAGAGAUAUUUUUUCUAAUUUAUCUAUUUAUGAUAUAAAAGAUUAUCGUCGUUUUCUAUCGGCACAUUUACAAUUUCUUCAAGGAUUGUGUGAACUUUCUAUCGAAUCAGUAAAAACAUCAAUUGAUCAAUUUCUUAGCUCAUUCCUUGUUACUACUGAACUUUUGUCCGAAAGCGAAUUUCAAUCACGCAUUCAUUCGAAUAUUUACCAAAUGAAAUCCAAACCUAAGAAUAAAAUUGCUCAAAUACUUCAUUUAAUUCGAUAUAUCAACCAUGGAAAUGGAAUUAUUUCUACAUAUGGAACUAAUUUUCAAUAUGUUGGUACUCGGGAAGAAAGUGCCGACUUUUUUAUAAAAAUUAUAAGUGUAAUUUAUGAUAAUGAAUGUUCUUGUGCAAUGCAUCACAAUUGCACGACCCAAGCAAAAUUUCUGCAAACAAAUUCGACGGAAGCUACUUUAAUCGUAGGUUUGAAAAUGGGGUGUACACCAAGUGAGUCGUUACUUUCUUCUACACUUGAAUGUUUCUUUAACUCAUCAUGUAUCAAAUUAAUUCAAAAAUACGCUAGCAAUCAGAUGUCAAACGACUCAUUUGCUCCUCUGUCUACUACAAAUAUGAAACGGUUUUCUACCAACGCAACUGUAAAUGAACUUAUUAAUGAAUUGUUCGUUGAAGAUUUGAAUACAACAACAGAUUAUUUAUCUUAUUUUCAGCACUGCAAAAUUGAAUUUUGCUCAUAUACUUAUAUACAAAAGCUUAAUUCAUUCUACACAUUAACACUUUUGAUUGGUUUUCAAGGUGGUCUGACGAUUGUUCUUCGAUGGCUCACUCCUAAAUUAGUUAAAAUUAUACUUCAAGUCUAUCGGUAUCGAAAGAAACAAAGAAUUAUUGUUCAAUCUAACACUACUAUUCAGAUAGCAUCCAAUGAAUUAAAUAAUAGGAAUAUUUUAUGCAAAUCCACGUCGAAUUCAAUGAUUGCAAGAACAAUUCAAUCGACGGCGCAGUUUUCGUGCAAGAUUCUUUUAAAAUGGAUGCUGGCAGUAGUAAUAGUAAUAUUAACUCUAACGAUAUUUUCGAUCCUUUUUGCUCGAUAUCAAUUUACAAAAGAAACCACUACAAAACCAACAAAUAUGACAAAUUCUACUAUCAAUAAUAAUUGUUCGAUAAUAUUCCAAUCAAGAUCAAUUUGCAAUUGGAUUAUCUCACCAUCUGAUACUCAUAUACAUGUUGCUGAUAUGAAUGAUGAUUUGCACAAUGAUAUCAUUAUUUCAUCUUCUCAAUCAAAUGAAAUAUCUAUUUUAUUUGGAUUUAGUAAUGCAACAAUUGAAAAUAAAAAAAUAUCUCUGAAUACAACCAUACGUUUUCUACUUAUUGGCGAUUUUAACAAUGAUAAAUGUCUUGAUUUUGUGAUAAACAGCGGGAAUAACUUUAUCGAUGCUUAUUUGGGAAAUGGUAAUUAUGAAUACAGUUCACCGAUCAGUACUAUUCUUACAGAUUUUCAUAUUGAAAUAGUGAAGUUAGAUAUGGGUGAUUUCAAUCAUGAUAAUAUUUUAGACCUUGCGUGUUUAAAUUCUUUUGAUACGGUAAUUAUAAUGAUGGGAUCUGGUAACGGAUCUUUCCCUACACAAAAUGAGAUUCAUAUACCGGAUCUUGGGUCCAAAAUUUUUGCGAGUUCGUUUGCUAUCACUGAUGUCAACAAUGACAGUCAUCUCGAUAUAAUCACUACUGGUAUCUUCAUGAACCAGAUACGCGUCUUCGUACUUUUUGGAAAUGGUCAAGGAUUAUUUAACGUAAAGAUGUUUCCUACCCAAUACUCUUUUUUACCUAUUCAUUCAGUGAUUGUAAAUGAUUUCGAUAACGAUGCUCUAUCGGAUUUUAUUAUUUUUUAUGAAUGUAGACCUAUGAUUAAAUUAAUAAGUAAUAUCGACUAUCAACAACUAGAUCUAACGGUGGAAUAUAUUAUCGAUACUGGUUUGAUUAUGGCCCAUCCUAUUCGUAUAGUUGAUUUUGAUGGAGAUGGUUAUCAAGAUAUCAUUGGACAAAAUCCUAUAACGAAUGGUACAGUUGCACUUUUUGGAAAUGGAUAUAAAUUUUUUAAAAACAUGACCAUUUUUACCGGAGAAAAUCCCAUUGAAAGUCAUCCUUUUGCUGUGAACGAUUUAAACAGUGACAAUUAUAAAGAUAUAAUAAUGUAUAAUCCAUCUAAUCAAACUAUCGAUAUUAUUUUAAGCACAAAUAAAUGUUGA